AUGCAAAGGUGGUGGGACAAGGCUUUUCAGCAGCAAUGGAGUCUGCUAGAGGGUUCUGGUUACUCCAAUGUCGCUGUGUUACUCCUGAAAUGGGCGGAUGAACUCGAUGAGCUCAAAACCCGCGACGAGGUCGAGGAGCUGGAAGCUCUUUUUCGCGAGCGUUUCCAUUUCCACACCGAAAUAGUUGAGCUCGAUCUUGCAAGCAAACCUCAGCUUCAAAUGAACCGAUGUUUAUCGACCUUUAUUGAGAAACAUGACGGACCUCACCGCUUACACAUUGUGUAUUACUCAGGACAUAGCAGAUUCGAUGAGUUUUACGAUCGCCUUGACUUAGCUGCGUCCAUAAACCCUGAUCUCGGCAAAUUACCGUACAAGGAUGCAGUUGUCAAUUGGCGCAAGGCAGAAGAUCUCCUGCGUUCAGACGAGAUUGAUGCAGAUGUCCUUGCAAUUCUCGAUACACCCUACUCAAACAGCUCAACAGAGAGGGAGGGUUCAAGAGAGAAUUCAAGACGGUUCGAGGUACUGGGCGCAUGCCCAAUAGACCAGACAACGGCGGCACCUGGAAAAAAUUCAUUCACGCGGGCUCUGAUUGAUGAGCUGAGAGAUCUAUUAAGAGAAUACGGCGACAAACCAUUCAAUUCGUUUCACCUCAAUCAGCGUAUUUGUAUGAAUGCGCUACGACGCGAUACACCAUCUCAGCUUUGGCAUCUGCUCCGCAGUGAACAGAAUAUUCUCAUCUCGCCGAUGGUUACCAAAGAGAAGGCUAAGAGAAAGUCUCAUCUGAUACGAGCACCAAGAGGGCGUCUGACUUUGACCUUUGAUCUUCGAGACGAGGAAAUGAAUCAUGAACAGAUCCAGGUCAUGGCCCGGGGCCUAGCAAAGGUUCUCGAGUACAAGAAGAUGAUCGGGCUUCGUAAGAUUAAUUGGCAUGGUAUCCAACCUACGGCGAUGGUCCAGUUCGAAAAAAUAGCUCUUGCGAUGCUUGCUAUUGUACAUUGGAGAAAGAUCAUACAACGGCGUCGCCAUGAGGCAGCCCUUAAGGUAUUGAGCAAAUGA